UUCAAGAUGAGCCCAAAAACUCUGCUCUUUCUCUUCUGUGUGAUUACACUUACAAGUGGACAGUCUUGUCUAGUUGGAGACACUUAUAGUACCAGGAUUUUAAGGGGUUUUUACAGCAAUAGUAAUGUGCAGGGAAAAUGGUUUCUCAAUUUGAAUGUAUCUGCGAAUUGUUCAGGUGCAAUAAACAACUACACUGUUCAAUACUUCGGUAAUUUAAAUUCUGAAACUAGUUAUGAUCUGACAAUAGCAAUAUGGAAACCAUUAGCACUAGUGGGUUCAUUUGAAAAGGAUUCUACUACAGUACAAUAUUACACUUAUCCAACAAGCAAGCGAAGAAAAAGAGACACUCUACAACUUCCAAACUUUGGUCCACUUGGAAUACGUAAAGGAAGUGUUGUUGGUGUAUAUUUAGAUGAUAGCAAUCCACUACGAGUCAUAGGACAACGACCAGAAUGGGUAGGAGCUAUUUACAAUGGAGUGCCAAUUGGGGCCUGUGCUAGUGACUCUCCACUCUCUGCUACAAUAUUAAAUUGUAAUGAAAGCAAUUUUCAACAGUUCACAUCAAUUCACAUUGAGUUAUAUGUUGAUACAGUUGAAUGUGGCACUCCACCUAUAAGAAAUCAUUCUAUGCUCAGUAUGCUGGAUGGUGAUACUGAAUAUGGGGCUCAAGUUCAAUAUACUUGCAAUUCCGGAUACAAUAACACUGCUGGAGCUGAUACAAUUUCUUGUCAGUUAAAUGGAACUUGGUCUUCUUUACCAAUCCCGUUUUGCACUCCAGUUAAUUGUACUGAUCCUGGUACACCUACCAAUGGAACUAGAAAUGGAAUGGAUUUCUUUUACAAUUCAACAGUUUCUUACAGUUGCAAUACUGGAUACAAUUUAACAGGAGCUGCCUCUAUUACUUGUAAUGCUACUGGCCUGUGGAGUGCACCACUACCUUCCUGUCCUCCAGUUAAUUGUGGUGAUCCUGGUACACCUGAUGGUGGAAGCAAAAGCAGCAGUGUAUAUACUUAUAACUCAGUUGUCUCUUUCCAGUGUAAUUCUGGAUACUUCUUAUCUGGAUCAGUCUCUCUCAUUUGUCUCUCUGAUAGUUCAUGGAAUGGAUCAGUUCCUUCAUGUUUAGCUGGUUGUGGUGAUCCUGGAGUACCUGAGAAUGGACAACGUCAGAGUGACAUUUUUUCUAUUGAUUCUGCAGUUUCUUUUACCUGUGAUACUGGCUAUACAUUAACUGGCUCAAAUUCUCUUCUUUGUUUAGCUGGAGGCUCAUGGAAUGACACAGCACCUACUUGUAAUCCAGUUAAUUGUGGUGAUCCUGGUACUCUUACUAAUGGAACUAGAAAUGGAACAGUUUUUACUUUCAAUUCUACAGUAUUGUAUUCAUGUGAUACUGGAUAUACUAUAACAGGAGCCACCUCUCUCACUUGUCUAUCCAAUGGUUUAUGGGAUGCAUCAGUUCCUUCAUGUGAUAUUGUUAAUUGUAGUAAUCCAGGUGAACCUACUAAUGGGAUGCUUCAAGGAGGAACUUUUACAUACAAUUCAGUAGUAACUUACAAUUGUUCUGUUGGGUAUAGUUUAACAGGAACCACCUCACUUACUUGUUUAGCUGAUGGUACAUGGAAUACAUCAGUACCUUCCUGUCCUCCAGUUAAUUGUGGUGAUCCUGGUACACCUACUAAUGGCAGCAGUAAUGGCAGUGUAUAUACUUAUAACUCAGUAGUAUCUUAUCAGUGUAUUAGUGGAUACUCUAUAUCAGGAGCUGAUACUCUGUCAUGCUUAUCUACUGGUUCAUGGAAUGGUUCAGUUCCUUAUUGUUAUCCUGACUGUACUGAUCCUGGUGAUCCCUCUAAUGGACAAAGAACUGGUGAUACUUUUAACUACAAUUCAGUUUUAUCAUACACUUGUAACACUGGGUACAAUCUAACAGGAGAAAGCUCAAUUACCUGCCUAUCUAAUGGUUCAUGGAGUAAUAUGAUACCUUCUUGUAUUAUAGUUAACUGUAGUGAUCCAGGUACACCCACUAAUGGAGAAAGGUUUGGGGAUGUAUUCACAUAUGGAGCUGAGGUGGUUUAUAGCUGUAGUGAAGAGUAUAGUAUUGUUGGUGCUCAGGUUAUUACUUUUACUGGAAUAAGAUAUACAUCUCGUAUAGGAGCGUGUGUGUCAAAAAAUUCAGCAUCAGCGACUACAAUAACUUGUAGUUUUAACCAUUAUUAUGUAGUACAUGCUGAAGCUGAUGUUGUUGUAGUUGACUGUGGUACUCCACCAUUAGUUCUUAAUGCAGCAUAUUCUAAAUUGGAUAAUGAUACACAGUAUGGAGCUAGAGUUCAAUACAACUGUAGUACUGGAUAUAAUAUUAAUGGAAAUGAUACUAUAUCAUGUCUACUGAAUGCAUCAUGGUCUUUACCAACUCCAUCUUGUUCAUUAGUAGACUGUGGUAAUCCUGGUGAACCAGCUAAUGGAUAUACUAAUAAUAAUGUAUUCACUUAUCAGUCUACAGUACAGUAUCAUUGUAAUGAAGGAUAUCAAUUAUCUGGUGACUCAUCUAUUGAAUGUACUGCUACUGGUCAAUGGAGUAAUAACAUUCCCCUUUGCAUAGCUUCAACAUUAUCACAAACAAGCACAAGUUCUACUGUCAUGCCCACCACUCCUGUUGAAGAUAGUAAUACUUCCUUAGUAGUUAUUGGUGGAGUCAUUGGUGCAGUGUUGUUUAUUUUAAUAAUACUAAUAGUUGCUAUUCUGUUGAUAGUUUUAUUAGUAGCAAGAUCAAAAAGGAACUCUCGUCACCUGAAUACUACAAAUCUUACAAAUCCAAUAAUAGCUGCUCCAUCUGAAGAACAUCCAACUUCGGACUAUGAUGAUCCUGCUUUAACUUUGAGGUAUGAGUCAGUACCACUACUGUACUCUGAAUUAGAAUCUUUGGAAACUGAGGAUGACAGCAAGUAUUCAACUGAGGAAAUAUAUGACAAUGAGAAUAUUGCCAAUGUGGUCCUACCUCCUUCAAUUUAUUUAGAUGCUGAUAACGACACUUCAUUGUAUUUCAUACAAGAGGCUGAGGACAAAGAUAAAGAAGCUGGAGAGAAUAUGUAUCCAGAAAUACAGCAAUGCUACUCUGAUACAAUAAACACUGCUUUAUGUACACUGCAAGCUUGUAACGUAGGAGAUGAUUAUGAGGCUCAGAAUGGACCCGUGAAUAAUAACAUUGGAGGGAAGUGGUAUCUCAAUGUUGCUGUACCUGCAACAUGUUCGGGGUCAAUAGAAAGCUAUCAAGUCCAAUUUUAUGAUGACGACUUUAAGAGUGGGAGAACUUAUGGUGUUACUCUGUCUGUAUGGAGGCCAAUAGCAAACAAUCCAACAAGUUAUGAAAAAGAUUCAUUAACAAUACAGCAGUACCAGUAUCAACAUACUAAUAAAAGGCGUAGGAAAAGAGCCAUAAUAGCAAGUUCAACUCCUACAUUUAGUUCAGCAGUUGGUGUGCGUAGAGGAAGUGUUAUAGGAGUAUAUCUAAGUAAUCCUAAUCCACUAGAAGUCAUUGGAGACAGGCCAGAUGGUAGUGAUAUCAAUGGUGUGCCUGUUGGUGUUUGUGUUACAACAGCAUCAGCUAGUACUUCAACGCUUACUUGUACUGGAAGCAACCAACCUAGUUAUGUGAUGCAUGCUGAAGCUAAUAUUAGUGUAGUUGACUGUGGUGCUCCACCAUCAGUUCUUAAUGCUACACACUCUCAAUUGGAUGGUGAUACAGAGUAUGGAGCUAGAGUUCAAUAUAACUGUGAUACUGGAUAUAAUAUUAAUGGAAAUGAUAUUAUAUCAUGUCUACUGAAUGCAUCAUGGUUUUUACCAACUCCAUCUUGUUCAUUAGUAGACUGUGGUAAUCCUGGUGAACCAGCUAAUGGAUAUACUAAUGAUAAUGUGUUCACUUAUCAGUCUACAGUACAGUAUCAUUGUAAUGAAGGAUAUCAACUAUCAGGUGACUCAUCCAUUGAAUGUACAUCUAAUGGUAAUUGGAACAAUACACUACCAAACUGUGUAAUAAUUAAUUGUACUGAUCCUGGUAUACCCACCAAUGGAGAAAGGACUGGAGUGGAUAUCUAUUACAAUUCAACAGUUUCUUACAGUUGCAAUACUGGAUACAAUUCAACAGGAGCUGCCGCUAUUACUUGCUUAGCUACAGGCCUGUGGAUUUUUUCUGACUUAUAUGGCACAAUACCUAAUCAGUCAAAGGUUAUUCCAUCUGAUGACUAUGACGAAGUUGCAGUUUUGAAGCACCAGUCAGUAUCACAAACUGCCUCCUUAUCACACAGUGUUAUAUAUGCUGAAUUAGAAGAUUUGGAAACUAAGGAUGAGAACAGGUAUCCAAUUGAGGAAAUUUAUGACGGUGGAAAUAUUGCUGAUGUGGUGCUACCUCCCCCAAUUCUUUUAGAUGUGCAUGUUGAUGAUGGUAAUACUGAAGGUCUAGCCAAUUCAUUGUAUUUCAUACCAGAAGAUGCUGAGGGUGGAGCUACAUUUGAUGAAAAUGCUGGAAAUAGUGAUAACAACAAUUUGCCUGUCUAUUUUACAUUAGAGAAUGAGAACAAAACUGUACCAAAAUUUAAUGCCCGAAAACUUGCCAAAAGGAAUACUUGUGCAUUUAUUCAACCUGGAGAAAGUGAAGAUGAAAUUUAUGGGCAAAUUGAAC